GCACAGAGCAGAGCACCUGCAGCAGUGCAAGCUCUCAGGCCAGAAACAGAGAGCUUUAAUUUGGGAAACAAGGGAGGAAAAACUUAGCCAAACUUCCCUUCUGAGAGUUCCCUUGCUGCUGCAGGCUCCUUGUGCAGGGUGGUACAAUUGUUACAUAAACCUUCCUCUGGGUAGUUGAAACACAACAUCCUUAAUGCAAGGAGACAUUGCCAGUGCCAUGUGCUCACCUGUCUGCCAGAAAUGCUUGUAGUCAAAAAUGAUGUCAUUUUAGUGUGUUGUUCUUUGAUAAUUCUCUAGAAAUCUUAGAUAGUGAGGUUGCAUUCCCAUGGGGGCAGGAAACAAGUGGCAGUUCAGAGUAAAGGGUGCUAUCCAUAAGUUUUUCCCUUUUAAAGUCAUAGCAUAAAAUAACUCUGAUCUGCUUUUGUGCAUUCCAAGUAUUUUGGAACUAUUCCAGUAAAAAUCUUUUUAAGUAUCAGGUAUGGAUACACAAAUGCAGACUGCAUAGUUUCCACUGUGGUUUCUCCAUCCAGGAAAAAAUCUGUAUUAUUUUUCAUUUUCCACUUGAGAAUCAGAGCCCAGUAUUUAAGUAUUUCCAAGCCUAGAAGUCCAGGUAGGAACUUUGUUGUUUUAUCCCAUCUGUCUAAUAUUUUGAAAAUGUUACCAGAUAAGAAUGCUAUUCUUUUCCACUCACUUGAAUAAGAAAGAAUGGUCUCAUAAGUGCAUAAUAUGGAACACAUAUAUUCCAAAGAGGAUGCAGAUUCCUCCUCUGUAUUGAUCUUCAUGAAUAUUGUCUACAUGCAGUCCUACUUUGUUGCUAAGAGUAAUUCACAGAUUUCACAGGAUAUUCCUAAUUGGAAGCGACCCACAGGGAUCAUCGAGUCCAGCUCCUCAGUGAAUGGCUCAUAUGUGGAUUGAACCCACAACCUUGUGUUAUUGCACCCUGCUCUAACCACCUGUUUUGGUUUGGGGUUUUUUUGUAAAAAUAUAAUAAGAUUUUGGAACCGUAUGUGGUCUCAGUCAUGAACCUGAUCAUCCCUGUCUGAGGUGGGAACUCAGAGCCAGCAAGGUUGAAUUCCAUACUGAAGUAAAGCAGCUUUAAAAUGCUCUUUUUUCCUUUGGGCAACAAUGACUGAUGCCCAUAGACAUUCCUCUUUCAAAAGUUAUUCCUGCUGACAAAUGGCAUUGCCAAAAAUUACUAUAACAAAUACUUGACCAGUAUUUGUGAAAUUGCAUUAGUAUGCUUGAUUAUGCUAAUUAGGUUUAAACUGCAGAAGUACCAAAGAAGUGGAAGGGAAAUACACUCAUUUUAUUUCCUUCUAAAUUUUCCAACAGCUCACUGAAUUCUAACAUUCAGUUGUGAGUGUCUAGGUAAUGAUAUUUCUCUAAAGAUAAAUGAGAUGUUAUAAAUCUUUUGCUUGCAGUAAACUGUUCAAAUGUGUGGCCUUCAAAAUUACUGUAAGUGCUCAAAUCAUAGAAAUAAUGCAGGAAUCAAGGUGGGAAAGCAGAAACACUCUUUCUGUAAGAAUCUAUCAGCAGCUUAGAACUCCCAUAUUUCUAAGGUUUAUAUCCAGCAUUUCAUGCUAUGCUGGCAUUAAAAAAAAAAUAUAGUAUUUUAAAUUUCAUACUGCAAUAAUUUUAAAUGGAGAGAAAGAAGAAAACUUAUGAAUGGUUACAAGUUACAGUUUCUUAAGAUAGUAAUGCAAUCACUGCAGAGACAACAGUAUCUGGAAAACUAAUUAUAACAGGCCCUUUUGGAUUUGAGCUGCUAAGAAAUAAGGACACUUGUUAAUAAAGCAAUGCAUCAAACUGAAAAUACUCUAGGUUCUCUGACAUUUCCCCCAAUUUGUUUGACAAGACAUAGAAAGAAGUGGAGAAAAGAUGACUUAAACAUCUUUUUUUAUUACUUUUAUUUCAUUAUGACGUAAGUUACAGCAGCUUCACAAAAAAUGAUGGAUAGAGAUCUAAGAACUCUCUGUCUGUUUUAUUGGACAAUCUUCACUUUGGCAAUUGUGCUGGCUGUUGGCAAAGACACAAAUAUAGCAUUUGGUGGAAAAAAUGAAUCUGUGAGGGUAUGUAAGGAGCUACUUAUCCAAAUGUGUGAUAUUUUGACCUUAUGGUGUUCCAUGUGUUAGUCCAGUUCCCGAGUCUGCUUCCCAAGGAUGACAAUCCACACUUUGCUUGUGCUGUGUGCUGGGCUGAGCGGGCAGCGUGGCCACGGCCUCGUGUUUGCUGAGUCUGAAUGAGAGUAGAAAAGCUGGUUCCCUCUGCUGCAGCAAGUCAGGUUGGCUGGGCCUGGUGUUGGGUUUCAGUGCUGGCAUGCUGGUUUAGUGUUUACAGUGCAAAAUGACUCAGUAGCAAAUCCAAGAUAAAAAUCAGGAUUUUUUUCUGCCCCUCAAGAAAUAUGUCUCCGAAGGGUUUCUUUUGUUGAUGAGCUUGGUUAUUGUAUAAAAUCACAGAGAUGCAAUCUCUUCAGCAACACAAUCAUGGUGCUUGGAAAAUCAACUGGGACAGGUUUUCUUCUAGUGAUUCAGUACAUUGCUUGAUGUCAUUACUGUUUAGUAUCAUCUGGAGCUCCAAAAAGUUCAACUGCAAAUGCAAUACUCAGUCAGUCAUUAACUGUGACUUGACAAUGGCCUGACUCCAUCUCUAUUAUAUGAUGGAUGCUUUGAGACUGGGGUUUUUGUUGGUGGUGUAUUGGCUUUUGUUUGGUUGGGGUUUUUUUUCGCUUGGUUGGUUGGUUUUAAGGGCAUUUUUUUAGUGCUACUGAGAUUUCCCCUGCAACAAACUCAGCAUUAAUAAUUAAUCAUCUAAAAUGGAUCUUGGAUUGUGUUGCAAAUGAUGAGUUGCUGAGGAAAGCACAAAGGAAACUAACUAUAGAAAAUAAAUAUGAAUUUGCAAGUUCUAUCUGGUCAAUGUUUUACCUAUGUAUGUUAAUCCAUUCUAUCAGCAAAUUAAUCGGCUUUGAAGAAGCCUUAAUACUACAGAAAAGAGUGUCGAAAAACCUGUAUUAACUGUAACCCUGGGUAGGCUAAACCACGAUCUCUGUACCAGUUGAAAUUCCCACAGUGAUCACGGCAACAGUCCCAGCUCCAGCUUCCUUGUGGAACUUUCAGGUGAGAAACUGAAGAAGUGAAAUUUGGAGUCAGUCCGAAGCAAAGGUAAAGAGCAAUUGGAAUAAUCAAUCCCCCCCCAGAAGGACUAAUGUUAUGCUGUUUGUCUUAAUAAGUAGAAGCUUAACGUGUUAAUGAUUUCCUGGUUAUAUAAGGGUGCAUUUGUGCUGAGCAAAACUACUGGCAAUGGAUCAAAAGCUAUUUAAGAAAGUAAACUGACAAAGUUAAUUUCUUACUAUAAAAGCCUUUUAAUUUUUAAUCGUGUUGUUUUGCCUUUUGAGUGAUUAUUUGACACUCGGGAUAUUAUGAUUUAUAGUCACAUAGGUCAUGUGAUUCAGACCUUUCUGAGUCCUGUUGGGUCCCAGCUCGGGUUUGCCUUGUGGUGUGACUGGAGUCCAUUCUUCACGAAUAAAUCUGUCCCCUCUGUGCCUUUUCAGGUUUCCACCAAUAGUCAGAGGUUGUUCUAAUAUAAUGCACUGCUGAGUGAAUGCUCUGAACCCUGCUCUUUAUCCCAUCCUCUGAGCAGGAGAGUUGAAAUGAAGUGUUUGGCGAGUUGUAGGAGAAUCUGUAUUUGGUAUUGGAGAGGGUUGCUCAGCUUCCUGUGGUUUUGGCCAGAAGGUUGUUCUCACAGUGAGGAAUUGCCAUUCUCUGAAUUUGAAGGAGAGUUCCUUUAUUUCUGGGUUCAUAGAAUGAUUUAUACUGCAUGGAAUGUCUCAAGACUUGCCAGCCUUGUCAAACUCUCCCAGAGUUCUGCUUUGUAUUUACAAAAAUCUAAUUGCUUAGUUUCAGGCACAGAUUAAUCAGAUAUCAUAUUUUAAUUCUCAUUUUAAAAGCUCAGCUUAUGUCCUACAGUUAUUUUGGUUUUUACAGUUAUUUUUGUUUCUUACAAAACCUCCUGUUCUUUCGCGUGGGAUCGGGCUGAAGGACAGUUCCUCAGUGACAGCUCGCGAGCUUUUUCCCUAAACGAAGCGGCUCCUCUUCCCACAAGAGGGAGCUCGGCGGUCACUGCAGGAUGAGAUCCGUGCCGGCUCGGAAGGGCUGCGCGAUCUCUCGCAGGCCAGCAGAGGGGAUGUGCCGGGCACUCUGUCCAUAGUUCAGCCCCUCAUCGCAGGAUUCUCAGUCUCAAAUCACAGGUCAGCCAAAGCCUGUUAUGUGUUAAAAGCUGAGGAAACAAGUGCAGGAAAAGAGGUUAAAGCCAGGAAACAAAAACUGAGAGGGAUGAACUAUGCAAAAUGGAAUGAUUAGCCAUUUGUGAUGUGUCUGAAAACACCCAAAAAUAUUUUGUUUGGCAUAUAAAAAUGCAUGAAGAGAAAAACUUGGAUUUUGAAAGAUGCCCCGUUUGGGGGGACACCGCCCGGCUACGCGUACGAUGCCGACCGCGCCGAGGAGCAGAGGAGACACCAUGACAUGAUGCCCUACAUCGAUGACUCGCCGUCCUCCUCACCACACCUCAGCUCCAAGAGUCGGGGCAGCCGAGACACUCUGUCCUCAGGGUCUCUGGAAUCUACAAAAUCAAGCGAGCCAGACCUGGAGAAAGGCCUGGAGAUGAGAAAAUGGGUCCUAUCAGGAAUCCUAGCCAGUGAGGAAACCUACCUGAGCCACCUGGAGGCCCUGCUGCUGCCCAUGAAGCCUUUGAAAGCUGCUGCCACCACCUCUCAGCCUGUGCUGACCAGUCAGCAGAUUGAGACAAUAUUCUUCAAAGUGCCUGAGCUCUAUGAGAUCCACAAAGAGUUCUACGAUGGGCUCUUUCCCCGAGUGCAGCAGUGGAGUCACCAGCAACGUGUGGGGGACCUCUUCCAAAAGCUGGCCAGCCAGCUGGGAGUGUACCGGGCCUUUGUGGAUAACUAUGAAGUUGCCAUGGAGACAGCAGAGAAAUGCUGCCAAGCCAAUGCUCAGUUUGCUGAAAUCUCUGAGAAUCUAAAGGCCAGAAGCACAAAGGAAUCUAAAGAUCAGACAACGAAAAAUUCCUUGGAAACCCUACUGUACAAGCCCGUGGAUCGAGUGACUCGCAGCACACUUGUCUUGCAUGAUUUGCUCAAGCACACUCCAGUGAGCCACCCCGAUCACCCCCUGCUGCAGGAUGCUCUGCGGAUCUCUCAGAACUUCCUCUCCAGCAUCAACGAGGAGAUCACUCCUCGUCGGCAGUCCAUGACUGUAAAGAAGGGGGAGCACCGGCAGCUGCUGAAGGACAGUUUCAUGGUGGAGCUGGUGGAGGGGGCCCGCAAGCUGCGCCACGUCUUUCUUUUUACCGAUCUGUUCCUGUGUGCCAAGCUCAAGAAGCAGAUUGGAGGGAAAAGCCAGCAAUAUGACUGCAAAUGGUACAUCCCACUCACUGACCUCAGCUUCCAAAUGGUGGAUGAGUCUGAGGCAGUGCCCAAUAUCCCACUGGUACCUGAUGAGGAGCUGGAUGCCAUGAAGAUCAAGAUAUCCCAGAUCAAGAACGACAUCCAGCGGGAAAAGAGGGCCAAUAAAGGCAGCAAGGUCAUUGAGAGGUUAAAAAAGAAGCUCUCGGAGCAGGAAUCCCUCCUACUGCUGAUGUCUCCCAACAUGGCCUUCCGGGUGCACAACCGCAACGGGAAGAGUUACACGUUCCUCAUUUCAUCGGACUAUGAGAGGGCAGAGUGGAGGGAGAAUAUCCGAGAGCAGCAGAAGAAAUGCUUUAAAAGCUUCUCACUCACAUCGGUGGAGCUCCAGAUGCUGACAAACUCCUGUGUGAAGCUUCAGACAGUCCACAACAUUCCCCUCACUAUCAAUAAGGAAGAUGAUGAAUCCCCGGGUCUCUAUGGAUUCCUGAAUGUCAUUGUCCACUCUGCCACAGGAUUCAAGCAAAGCUCAAAUUUGUACUGCACGUUAGAGGUGGAUUCUUUUGGGUAUUUUGUGAACAAGGCCAAAACUAGAGUUUACAGAGACACCACAGAGCCCAACUGGAACGAGGAGUUCGAGAUUGAGCUGGAGGGCUCACAGACACUGCGGAUUCUGUGCUAUGAAAAGUGCUACAACAAAACCAAGCUCACCAAAGAGGAUGGAGAGAGCACAGAUCGAAUCAUGGGGAAAGGGCAGAUCCAGCUGGACCCGCAGGCACUGCAGGACAAAGACUGGCAGCGCACGGUCAUCUCCAUGAAUGGGGUUGAGGUGAAGCUGUCGGUGAAGUUCACCAGCCGGGAGUUCAGCCUCAAAAGGAUGCCGUCCCGCAAACAGACCGGCGUGUUUGGGGUCAAGAUCGCCAUUGUCACCAAGAGAGAGAGGUCGAAGGUGCCUUACAUAGUGCGGCAGUGCGUGGAGGAGAUCGAGCGGCGCGGGAUGGAGGAGGUGGGAAUCUACCGAGUCUCUGGGGUUGCAACGGACAUCCAGGCUCUGAAAGCUGCCUUUGAUGUCAACAACAAGGACGUGUCGGUGAUGAUGAGCGAGAUGGACGUCAACGCCAUCGCGGGCACCCUCAAGCUGUACUUCCGCGAGCUGCCCGAGCCCCUGUUCACGGACGAGCUGUACCCCAACUUCGCCGAGGGCAUCGCACUUUCAGAUCCUGUUGCAAAGGAAAGCUGUAUGCUGAAUUUGUUGCUGUCGCUUCCAGAACCCAACCUUGUGACAUUCCUUUUCCUUUUGGACCAUUUAAAAAGGGUUGCUGAGAGGGAAGGCGUUAACAAGAUGUCCCUGCAUAAUCUUGCCACUGUCUUUGGACCAACACUGCUCAGACCUUCGGAGAAGGACAGUAAAAUCCCUGCUAACCCAACCCAGCCCAUCACAAUGACUGACAGCUGGUCACUAGAAGUCAUGUCCCAGGUUCAAGUUCUUCUGUACUUCCUGCAGCUAGAGACCAUCCCUACCCCGGACAGCAAGAGGCAAAGCAUUCUCUUUUCCACGGAGGUGUAGGUGCCCGCGGUACCAACAGGACACAAAAAACUGCUCUUGGCAUAACUCUGCCACCCCUGAGAAAAAGCUGACUGGUGUUUCCUCAGAUGUGACUGGCCUGUUCCUGUGCUGGGGAAUUCCAGCCCUCAGUGCUUCUGUUGUUUGUGAACCAGAGACAAGCUGGAGAAAAAAGGAGAAAACCCUCUCCUCGUGCUGGUAGGACCAGAACUAAGUGGAGAUGGAGCUGCGUGGAAUCUCCACUAGAAGGAGCAAUAGACACUUGAACAAAUGCACCACGGAGUGUGGCCAUUAUUCUUGUUGGGAAUGGGACAGAAGGUAUUCCUCAUUUUAUGGAUUUAAUUUAUCAUAAAGAAACUUCAAGAUUUCUACUGGACCACUUGAUAGGACACCCCUUUUUGGGUGAGGGGGUGUUAAAGGAUAUAUCACAACUGUGUCUUUAAUAACUGCUGAUUUUCAAGUACUGUUCUAGGCCACAAAAAUAGCAUAGCUUUGGAGGAAGGAAGGAGAAGGGAAGGGUCUGGGAUCUAAGAUUCCCUCCUCAGAAAUUCAAGUCUUGAUUCAAAUGGGGUUCUAGAGAAAUCCAACAGUUUUAUGUACAACUAGAACUGUUGGUCCGUUUGGGGGCUGGGACUUUUUGUGUUUGGGGUUUUUUUUUUGUCUCACCCAGCCCUUCAGGUGCAAAUGUUUAUACACCCCGGGGAAGGAGAUGCCCUGCUCUUGCCUGUGUUGCACUUCUGAUGGUUUUUUUGGGUUAAGGGAGACACAUCCAAUGAAGUUACACUAUAAAUAAAUACAGCAAAUUAAAGAGAGGCAGGGAGGAUAAGAGUCAGUGAUUCUGUUGGUUUUUUGCAUGUAAGCAGAGGCAACAUUAUCCAGGAAGGAUUGCUAAAUUCCUUAGACCCCACCAAACUCCAUGAAAAUUAAUUGGGAAGACACUUAAUUCCCAACACUCCAAAGAAAAUACGUUAUCACUGCAAAAACAAUUGAAGAAUUUGUGAACAAAAAAAAAUGAAUGGCUGUCAGUUUGGCUGGCUGCUUACUCCAGACUUUUAUCAGAACAUCUUUUUUUGAUACUUGAAUUUUUGGAGGCUUUGUACAUUGCUUCUACAAGAGUCUUUUUCUGAUAGAUACAAACACUCUGAAAAAUGUGUCAGAAUGUACUUUAUGGACAAUCUAGCAAGUAGCAUGCAUUGUGGAUUCUCCAGAAAUUCCAACCCUGUUUUAAAUAAGAGCAGUGGAGAAAUUUCUGUGGAACUCCAUCCAGCAGUACAAGAGGUCUGGCCAAACACCAAUUUUGUGUUUCCCUCCCUAAAUCAGUUGAAGCCACAGGGGUUCCAGAGGCAGAAAGGGCAGCAGUAUUUGUCCAGGGAAUUGAAACUGCAGAAUCUGAUUGCUGGUCUCCAGAGCCGAGCAAUCUGGCUAUGAAGCAGUUGUGCCAAACAUCCUGAGGGGUGGGAGCGACGCCGUUUUCCUAAACCACUCCAGCCCCCACUUCCUACCCAGCUCUGCAGCAUCCAUUUAGUGGCAUCUGUCCAUCAGUGUCCUGGCAAGAAGAAAAGUACAGCUGGAAGACAAGGGAAGGAUUUGGCACAAGAAGGGGAGGGAGGGACAGAUUUUGAAAGAUUGGUAGGGUCAGGUUGUCAACAUCAUCUGUGGGGAAAUGCGACGCAGAAAGCAACCCCUCUUGUGCGGAACCGCACAUUUUCUGAUGGGUGAUCGGCAAUCUCUCAGUUAAAAAAAAAAUAGCAAAGGAGUGUUACAAACAAAUAGAAAGAAAAAAAUUAAAAGGGAACUGAUUUUGUAGUCACUGUAAUUCUGACUGCUGCAUAAUAUUAGAAAUUAUUGUACUGUGAAGUUGCAAAAUCAAAAAGGAACAAAUAUAAAUUUCGAUUUUGUGAGUAUAUCAAUAUUUUGCAUGCUUUGUAAGGAUUCUUAUAGGAAUUUAAUAUUGCUUAGUAUCCCUCCCUCCUUAGGUCUGGGAGCAAACCUCUUUGUAAUGUAAUGUACAACUAGAAAUUCCUUCUCUCUUGUAUGUAUUUCCACAACAUUCCAACUUCUGAACCCGCAAAACAGAAAAUGUGUCUGUAGUAGGAGGUGCUUUUUGGGGGAGGGAGGGAAUGAAGGCAAGGAAACUUGAAGGCUUAAGAUUUUGACUUUUUUUUAAUUUUUAUUUUCGGUUUUUGCCUGUUUGAAGGUAAAAAUUAGUCACAAUCCUGACGAACGUUGACUUGAGCCAAGUCGUGCCGAGCAGUAAAGCACACUCUACUUUUGGUUCUCUGUAUCUGUUCUCCCUUUUCCCUGGCACAAUCCCACCACAGCAAUCCUUGUACCACAGGCUGCACUCCUGCCAGCUCCCACCUCGGGGGGAUGGACCUGAGGCAGAAGCACUGCUGAUGACUUCAUGGAAAAGGGGAAAAAAACCCAAGCUACAGCUGGUGGCUGGGUGAUAACCUUUUCCUUUGGUGUUUGGAAUCUGUGGCUGCUCCUUGCAGUGUUGAAACUGGAAAGCAAUACCAUAAUGACUGUGCCAAUUUACUUUUGCCCAACUUUUUUAUUUUUAUUUAUAUAGGAAGUUAAUUUUAAUAUUAAAUUACUGAUCUAUAGUAUGUAACCACGAGAAAAUGGCUUUUGCUUUGGUUACUGUGACAGGUUGUUGCUGUCAGUCUCUCAUUACAAUGCUCAGUUCUAAUGUAACAUUAUCUAACAUGCAGGCAUGUGGAUCAGGGAAAAAAAGGUAAUUUAACUUAACCCGUUAAUUAUUUCUGUUAAGUAUGAGUAUGUUUUCCCCAAAGCUGGUAAUUUUGGGCUGGAAAAGAUAGUUCAUCAUAUUGCUGAUGAUGAAAUCAUGGACUGAUUUGAAAUACGAGAAUUGAUUUCUUGAAUUUCCUUUAAUUUUGCAAUUAAAUUUUUUUCAAAUAGUCUUAUGUUUUCAGAAAUUUAAGUAUUUCCAAAAGGCUUUUAUGUUCUUCUCCCGGGGAUGUUGGUUGGGUUUUUUGGUUUGUUUCGGGGUUUUUUUGUGGGCUUUCUUUUUUUUUUUUACUUUAUUUUUUAAUAAGCCUUAUCAUACUUAAACAAAAAGGGAAUUGCAAAACUUGGCUUUAGAGAAGGCCGCCUGAUUUCUCCUCUUAUAUGUUCCCUUGUGAGUUGUGUCAGAAAACCAAACUCUUUCAUUUUCUGUAUCAAAAAAGGUACAGUAUAAACAACUUAAGAGCAAACUAGCAAAAAGUUACCCUUUAGGUGUGCACUGGGAGUUUAUGCUCCUUCAGUUUCUAGUGUGUUGGAGAGACCUUUCUGCAAAUGUUGCUUUCAGGAGCAGGAAUCUCAAACACUGAAAUUUUCAGCUAAGGAAAUUCAGGUGAUUAGGACAGUCUGUGUCUCUCCGAGUUUAAGGAGAGGAACAAGCAUCAGCGUCCUGGCAUUUGGAAACUAUUUUAAAAUGCUCAUGGAUUUUUUUUUUUAACACUGAAUAGGUUUUUAAAUAAAAUCAAAAAAAGUUAAGCAAACUAAGAGAAAAAGUUUUCCCAAGGCGGACAAGAAAUAACAGUUCCUAGCUCAGAGUCAGCUCUGUGUCUGUGUGUGCUUCGUACGGGAGGGGAGGGUGGGAAACCAAACUGAAACACGUCCACUCAAAUGCUGCUGGUGUUCCUUAUUCUUGCACAAUUUUAACAAGUUGAGGUAGUAGCUGAGCUAUUUCAGGCUGUAUUUUAAUGCUGCUGUUUUUCAGUGUAUCAGCUAAGGGCAAACCCCAGCAGUGUGGUGCCUGUCCUUGCCGUGUCCACCGCCCGGAGCCAAACGGCCACUUGUGGUGUUGGCGGUGAGGUGGUGGAACCACAGAGGAUGUUUAUGGGAGGGGCAGGGUUUUUGCAGUUUAUUCGUUUUACCUGUUUAAAACUCUGUUUUAUGGUUGUUCAUGUUAGUUUUCUAUGAGUUUAUUUAAACAAAUGUACUGUUCUUUAAAGCAUAUGUGGAUCUCCAGAUUAGUUUGUCACCUGUGUAACACUGGAAGGCAUCACAAUGUGUUCAUUUACCUUAACAUGCCCUUCUGUCAAGUAUGUAUAAAAUAUAAACUGACCAAUGAGGCUUUUAAAAAUGUUUAAAAUCUGAUGGCAAAAACCCAGCUCUCUCUGAUUCCUCACUGGGUAAUCCAUUUGUUUCAGUGCUUGGUCACCUACUGGGGUAACUUUAUCAGAUGUGACAUUCUUCUUAUGGAAAUUUUAGUAUAAAAUGGGAAAUGUUGUAAGAAAAACCCUACCCUUUCUCUUUUUACUUUAAUUCAAGACAACAGGGACUUGUAAUAGCAGAAGACCGGUACAUUCAUGCUGGAUUUUGGGGGGGCCCUGCUUCUGUUCCUUGAAGAAGAAAAAUCUGAAAGGGCAAUUCCCAAGUAGAUACGAUCAAAUUAAUGAAAUUCUUGUAGCCACUUGUUUAUGCCCUCUUAAAUUUGUAAUCCAGGGAUGUUUUUCUUUUUAGACUAACACUGUCAUUGUACUGUUAGUGAAAAAUAAACCUGGUACCAUUCCCUUCCUUUAACACAGGGCCUGGGCAACUGAGAUACCGGAGCCUUGGGUUUGUAUUAGCAAUUCUCCAUUCUGAACUCAAAUGAAAUGAAUGUUCAUGUGUGUUCUGUGAAUUUUGUAAUUGAAUGGAAUUAAAUACAUGGAUUGCCCUUAAAACCAACAGAAGCUAUAAAGGAAGCCCUUACAGUUAAUAGAUUUUUCCGUAACAAUCUUCAGGGAAUAAAAGUAACACGAAUGGAAAAGAGAAGCAUAAUUAGGAAUCGCUCAGGUCACAUUGUCUGGGACUAGAAAGGAGUUCUCAUUUUGAGUCACAGAAGGCAGCUCAUGCCCCAGAUAACUGAGCAAAGGCUGUCGUGCCAGGAAAUAAACAUGAAUAUGGGAACGCCAGGAAUUCAGCUGCUGGAGCCUCCCAGUUCUGAUGUGCUGCAGCCCCUCUUUCUUAGUGCUCAACAUUCACACACAGUUCAGUGCUAAGGAAGCCAAGUUUACCACUUGCUCUUUUCCUUUUUUUCCCCCUGUGGCAACAGCAAUAGGUGUGUUACCCUAGGUGAACUGCCACCACAGAGAAGUAAGAAGCUCAUAGAACCACACAGGUGAACUAUUGUUUGAGCUAAAAGUCUGUUCCUGGGCUGCAAGGAUAAAAUGCCACAACACGCUGCAAUGAUGAAAUGGUUGGGGCAGUAGGACCAAAGCAAAUCUGAGUGUAUGUGUUGUCUCAAUUCUUCUCCUUCCAUGACCGUAUCAUCAGAUUGCAGCCUUUCAGGUCAAGCAAAUUCAAAACUGCUCUUGCCAAGAAUUAAAAAAUUAUAAAAUGACUUCGUUUCCCUCCAGUGUUGAUUCUCUUUGUGUUACUACCUUAUACUGACAUUGCUGGAGACCACUGAAAAACAUGCAGGUGGAACCAUGCAACGGCUUUUCACAUAAUUUAUUUGCUGCUGCCAUGUUUCACCUUACAGUAAAACAGAUCCUUCCUUUUCCAAAAGAACCACUUCACAUCAUUCUGCACUGUAGCAACUACCACAUGGGGAGAUUCAGUUUGUAGCAGAGCUACAGAGCAGAGCACUGGAGAUAAUUAAAGUAUUUCCAGUCUUGUGCAGAAUGGACCAGGUACUGCUAAUGCUCUGGGCUCACGUAGGCCAGUGUUGUGAGCUAAGUAAGAUUCUAUUAUUUACAGCUGUUCAAGCAUAUUUGGGAAUUAAUAUGAUUACAGAGUCCCCAGGCCUAGCAGGAGUGUUUGUGCUACUGCUUUGUCUUAAUCGCAGUCAUGUUCAAAUCCUCACGUCAAAAAUGGUUCAUCAGAAUAGAGAAAAUUGUAUUUUCCACUGGAGCUUUUGCUUGUGUAACUGCUGCAGCCUUUUCCCCAGUGAUAGCACGUUCUGAGAACCCGAGACAUUCUACAGAUGAACAGUUUCUCUAACGUGCAGAAUGAUUUAUACCACGCGGCGUUUUAUAUCCCUGUGGGUGUACAAAAGGGCAGGCUUGUGUACAAAACAGCUUCCUGCCUGGAAGGAGGAUACAGCAGCUUCCUGGAGAUGACCCCCAUGGAGGGUCACAGCGGGUGGAGCCCAGCAGAGAGCAGUUGGCCUUGCUGCUGCUUGGAUGCUCCCACCUCCCCUGGGGCAGUUGGAUAAGGCCCAGAAGGCAGUUUUGAGAGUUCCUUCUUACUGCACCUGAAUGACUGAUCAAAUGCCCAUCUAGAGUAGCUCAAACUUCCUCCAUUUUAGUCCCAUUUCGGGAGAAUUUUGCCAGUUUGGGAUUAUGCAAAUAGCUGAAAGCUGAUCCAUAACUAACACCUAUUUCAUAUAUAGUAGGUGGUAAUGUAAAAGCUGCCAUAGCAAAAGGUCAUUUCUCCACAGCAGCCUCUUCUGCUCCCUUCCUUGCUGCUCACAGCCUCAGAGAAAUCUUGUCUUGGGUUUCACAAUCACACACAAAACUUGCAGAAUCCUGGAUAAAACUUAGCUAUGCAGAGACUGAUGUUUCAAGAGUUAGAAUAUCAGGACUGAAAGUGAUUACCAAGGUAGCAAAAAGAGGGUAAUGAAUCAUUGUGUUGGAUAAAUUGGAGAAGGAUCACAAUGAAACAGUGAAUUAAAAAAUGAUCUCACAGCAGGACACUGAAACAUUGUCCUUUCUGUGUCUGUCCAGCAAAAAAAAAUAAAACUCAGCCUUCUCUUGCCUAUGUAAGUUGUGUAGUUUGUUCUUAUCUCUAGUAUUAUAAGUGUUUAUAAUCCAUGAAGAAUUCCAAGGAAAGGAGUUAAGACUAUUUAUUUAAAUAUAAAUACAAUUAAAUUAUAUAAUUAGUGCUAAAUUAUCAGGUGUAGAAGACAACUUGUUAUUGUUUGGAUAAUUUUGAGUUUCAUCAGAGCUAAUACUGUUGGCAUUGUUUUAAACACUACCAUGUUAGGGAGUCGGUUUUUGACAUUUUAUACUGCUGUUGCUAGUGCUCCAGUAUCUUAUAGUGCUCUGUUUUGGGAAAGAAAACCUAAUCCAAAUAGUUUAAUACUGAAAGGUGUUGAAACUGUACUGCUAAACAUCUCUCAGUUUAGGCCCAAAGAGAAGAGAAAAAGGAAAGGGAAAAAAGUGGGGAAAAAUCGUCUUUCUGGAUAUUUUUUUUUUUUUUACUUUCUGAGAAAAGCGGUAUGAAAAAGGGAUCCAAAAACUGUAUUUGGGGGGAAAAAAGUCUUAAGGCAUUUGUAGCCUUUCUUUGUACACAAUGUUAAAUAAAAUCUCCUGUAUCUAUGUUUGUCAGGUUCUUUUGGUCUUAUUUAAAUAAAAGUGGGCCUGCAUUACA